AUGUCUCUGUACCCAUCUCUCAAAGACCUGAAGGUAGACAAGAUGAUUCAGGCACAAACAGCCUUUUCUGCAAACACUGCGAAUCCAGCGAUUUUAUCUGAAGCUUCUGCUCCCAUCUCUCAAGAUGGAAAUCUCUAUCCUAAACUGUAUCCGGAGCUCUCUGAGUACAUGGGCCUGAGUUUAAAUGAAGAAGAAAUAUGUGCAAAUAUGGCCUUGGUCCCCGGAGCAUCAAGUCAGGGGCAGUUGCUAGUCCAGGCCAAUUCUCCAUCCUCAUUGGUGGGUCUGCUAUUCGGGGACCAGGUGCUGCAGAUCAGCGGGGAGAACUGUGCCGGCUGGAGCUCGGACCGGGCACACAAGGUGCUCAAACAGGCUUUCGGAGAGAAGAUUACUGUGACCAUCCGUGACAGGCCCUUUGAACGGACAAUUACCAUGCAUAAGGACAGCAUUGGACUCGUUGGCUUUGUCUUUAAAAAUGGGAAAAUCACAUCCAUAGUGAAAGACAGUUCUGCAGCUGGAAACGGUCUUCUCACAGAACACAACAUCUGUGAGGUCAACGGACAGAAUGUUAUUGGACCAAAGGACUCUCAAAUCGCAGACAUACUGUCAACAGCUGGGAACAUAGUUACUAUCACAAUCAUGCCUGCUUUUAUCUUUGAACAUAUUAUUAAACGGAUGGCCCCAAGCACUAAGAGCUUGAUGGAUCAUGCCAUUCCUGAGGUUUAG